AUGUCUUCCAGGGUGGCUGCAUUCCUCACUGACAUGAUGGGCUCGUUGAAGGUUCGUUCAUCAGAUGCAUACAAAUCUAAAUUGCACAUCAGUCUGGCCACUCUAUGCGUCAGUUGAAGUGUAGCUCACCAAAGUUUAUGCCUUUCAAUAAAACCUGUGAGUCAAAAAGGGUGCAACUAGAUUCCUUCAAAAAACCUGAGUGAUGGGUUUUAUAUUUUCAUGCUGUGUUCUCUCUUGCACUGCUUGCAUAAAAGUGGGGGACCAGAAAUACUAAGAUGUUUUCCUUCCACCUUUUUUGUAGAGCAAAUGUUACUGUUACUGAUCUGGAGGAAGUUCAGGACUUACUAAAAAUGAACAUUGAGAAAAAUCAACAUCUUGUGUCAGGUUCCAUUCAAGCCAAGGUACUGAAAUGGGGGGAGGAUGUCACAGACUUCCUUCCUGCACCUGAUUUCAUACUGAUGGCAGACUGCAUCUACUAUGAAGAGUCACUGGAGCCUUUGCUUAAGACCCUGAAGGACCUGGCUGGUUUGGGUACUUUCAUCCUUUGCUGUUAUGAAGAAAGGACUAUGGGGCAAAACCCAGAAGUAGAGAAAAGGUACUUUGAGCUUCUUCAGAGGGACUUUAAGUUGCAAAAGGUUCCCUUGGAUGAACAUGAUGAAGAGUAUCGGAGUGAAGACAUUCAUAUCUUUAUCAUCCGAAGGAAAAAAAUGACAAGCCAGCUGAUGCUUAUCUUCCAGCCAGCAAGGAGUGCAUCAUCCAAAGAUCAAAACUCUUUCAAAAGCUUUGAAAAGGAGUUUGACAACUCAACAAGCCAUCUUGGGGUCCUUAAUCUGAUGCUAACAUUCAAUUGGAAUGCCGGAAUAUGAGAAGCUGGAAAGCAAACCAAGCUGAUGGCUCUUCAGAUUAAUGCUAAGACUGCCCAGUGCAGUCUCACAUGAUGAUUGGCACGUUGGGUGUGCUGGUGUGGCCAAUCGCAAUACCACCAUAUACUAGCAAAGUGUUUUAUUCUGGAAUUAAAGGCAGUGUACAUAGUCCUCGCUUUAUUUUUCCCCAGCGCAAACAACCUGUGAGGUAGGUGGGCCUGAGACAGUGACUAGCCCAGUGUUACCCAGAAAGCUUUUUUAGGUGAUGAUGGACUAGCACCUGGGUCUCCCUCACCUAGUUCAACAUUUUAACCACCCCCUGCUGACGUUUCUUGAUAUGGCUCCCUGCAGACAUCACAGUUCAGCAUAAUGAUCUGCAGGAAGAUCUAGACACACACAGUUAGGCCUUCCCGGGAAACAAGGACCCUGAGAACUCAGGCUUUUUCCCUGCAAGCAGUCACACUCAAUGUGCAAUGCCAGUGGGGAGCCAGUGUCAUCUGAGUGAAGUCAGCGGGCGUAGAGUGGUGAGACUUAGCUGGCAUGCUCACACGCUGAGCCCAAUAAUAAUGCCUGAAGAGGGCUAAUGCGUUCUUACAAAACACCUCUCAGCUACAUCUGUUGCUUUGGGCAAGUCCAAAAGCAGCAAAAAGAGCAUUUCAGGAGACAUGUGGAGAAAGGGAUAAACUGAAAACUCAGAACGUUUGAAUCGCUACCCAAGGAUCGUCUGCACAUCAUACGCUACUAAUCCAUGAGAAACAAACUAAAAAGGUUGUGGUUGCAUAACAUAACUAUACACCAAAACAAACAUUGUUGCUUCAUAUAAUGCCGUGGCAUGUGCACAUAAUCUGGAAACUUCAGCUGGUACAAAAUGCAGUGGCGCAAGCAGUUACGUGUGUUUCUAGGAGAACACACGUUACAACUCUGCUUCGUGAGCU